AUGGAACAAGUAGACUUGUUUUUUACCCACAUCCCGCCUGUGACGCGGGUCUGUCUUGUGUCUUCAACUCUGUUGAUGGCACUCUGCACUCUUGAGAUCAUCUCACCUUUCUCGUUGUACAUGAACUGGCAGCUCGUCUUUACACACGGACAAGUCUGGCGCCUGAUUACAUGUUUUCUUUUCUUUGGAACGUUCUCGCUUCACUUUUUCUGGAAUGUGUACGUCCUUAUUUUCUAUUGUUCAACUUUGGAGGAGCACCGCCGUAGUGCAACAUUUCUGUGGAUGCUUAUCUGCACGGGAGGACUUCUUCUGGCAUUCUCAUACAUUUUCGGAGUGAGCUCGUACUUCUUCAGCGGCUCAAUGAUCAACGUCAUGACUUACAUCUGGGGUCGCCGGAAUCCAAAUACGCGACUGUCAAUUUUCUUCAUGCCUGUACAAGCUCCCUACUUGCCCUUUUUGUUGGCCUUGUUGUCCCUUCUUGUGGGCUGGAAUAUGGCGGACCACCUCGUGGGCAUCGCAGUUGGCCACUUAUACUAUUUUUUCGAAGACGUCUAUCCGCUCCUGCCCACCAGCAAGGGGUUCCGCAUCUUCCGCACCCCUCGGAUCUUGAUGUGGCUGCUGAAACAGUCGGAGGACUGA